CCCCUCCCUCCAGAGCCAGGAAUCAUAAAGUGCUGCAGCCAGAGACUCAUAGAGCUCAAAGAAACUUCUGGUCUCCAAGAAGAAGCCACAGAGAAGAGGAUCUGAGCCGGUUCCUAUGGGUGACCAGAGAUUAGAACAGGAAAAUUAAUUGACUUUUAUCCUGUGCAAGUGACGGAACCCCGUGCCUGGCUGGGAGUCCCCGUACAGCAGAGGAGCACACUUGGGCACACGCUUGGAAGUUUUGGGAAUAAUAGGAAUUGCCACCUAUUCUGCACCUGUUUGAUGGCCGGCAUCAGAGUGGGCACCAUGUCGGAGAGCUGGGUACUACCCUCAUUGCUGUGCCUGCUGGUCAUGAGUGCGAUGGGCCUUUCCCUAAACCCCCAGGUGAACACCUGCGAGGCGAACGGCAGUGUCUAUUAUGUUGGGGAGUGGUACUUUCUGGAUUCAGACCACUGCACACAGUGUGAGUGUACCCCGGAGGGCCCAGCCUGCACCAGGACAGAAUGCACAGCCCUACCACCGGCAUGCAUGCAUGUCAGCCACUACCCCACCGACUGCUGCCCUCGCUGUGAGAAGAUUGGCUGUGAAUACAGAGGAGAGGUGUACGAGCUUGGGGAACACUUCCAGCCUUCCGAGUGUGAGCAAUGCACGUGUGACCUAGAUGGGAUUGCCCGCUGUCUCGUCGCCGACUGUGCCCCUCCGCCAUGUGUGAACCCCGUGUAUGAGAAGGGAGAGUGCUGCCCCCGAUGUAAAGAUGGUCCCAAUUGUUACUCUGACGCCGCUCAAAGUCGUGUUAUCCCCGCCGGUCAGUACGUCUGGGUGGACUCCUGUACCAAGUGUCGGUGUCACGAUGGCCAGGAUGUAGGCUACUGGGAAGGUAACCGUCUGGCCAAAUGUGAGAAGACAAAGAACUGCCACCCGGAGGAAGGGCGGGAGAACUCGUAGAGAACGGAGGUCACUGCAUGGACAUUGCUGAUCUCCGGCUGUCAUUCUCACUAUAGCUAUUAUACUAAUCUCUGAGUGUAGCACUGUACAACAUGGCCAGACACGUAGUGGACUUUGGGUGACAUUCUUAUUACUCCUAGCAUCCUCUCUCUGCAGGUACCGGUCUUCCAUCAGUCAUAUGGUGGCAUAGUCCAGACACCAUACCUAGUACAAUGUUCUCCUUCUGUCACAGUGACGCUGGACCCUCGACCUUCUGCACCUAGCAAGCAAGGAACUAUAGACACAGUCAUUUCAGAGUACGUUGAUAUAGGGCCACAGGCAGAGUAGGUGGGGGCCACCAGAUGGACAGUCGCCAGAGAACAAUUUUGGAGGUAGUAUCAAAAAUCCAGAAUGAAGAGGUCCACAGAGGUUAAGAUGAAACUGAAUUCUAACAAUAAAAGUAAAGCAUUAUUUCCAUGUAGAGAUGGUUCCAUAGGUAGAAGGCAGCAUACAGUAAGCUCUCUGGCAAAGUGUUAGGGUUUUAAAUUAGUUACAUUCUUUUAUCAAUCCAUUGUACAUUCUAGAUAUUACAUUAGGUUGUUGUGGUGUUACCUGUACACACAUCUACAAAUAGCUCAGUGUGUACAGGCUUCUAUGGGAUCAGGAAGUUCACCCGAUAAAUAUUAAAUAGUUCUUACAGUGGUACAGCAUACACACCUAUAUAGUUGCCACCCCGUUCAGCCGAUAUCGGUUCAUCAGGCCACGGAUUGUAUAGGUGUGUACCCAGCUUUAGUAAUAUGGGACGUGGUGAUUUGUAAACAUAAGACAACACAUCAAGAAUUUGCUAUCAAUUUUUUAUUCCAAGAGGCGCGUUCCCUUGUUGUGGAAUGCAGAGCGUCUGUAGGCCUGUGAGUGUUUAAUUGGAAUGAGGUUGUGAAAUGCGUUGGUUUAGAUCUGGUCUGAUGAGGACAAAGGGAAAUUCUAUGAGUUAAAUUAUGAAUCCAGGGAAACAGACUGGGAAUGUUGCUGGUGGAGUGUGUGUGAAACAAUUUUUCCAAUAAAACCAGACUUUUAUAGUCCCA